ACAGGCAGUAAUAUUGGAUGAAUUUUGUUAACAUUGUAGGUUGUAUUAACAAUUAUAAAAACACUUAUGUUGCAUGGUAUGCUUGAUUUAGUGCUUUAUAUAACCCUUCUGCUUUCUGUUGCAGACAAGGAGAGCUGAGGUAAAGGUGGCUGUUGCAAUGGUCCAACACAAUGUGCCAUUUGCAGUAGCAGACCAUUUCAGCCCAUUGUUAAAGGAGUGCUUUAAAGAUUCGACCACAGCACAGGAUUUUAAGUGUGCGAGCACUAAAACAGCGUGCAUUAUCAAUGGAGCAGUGGCACCAUAUUUUAGAAAUGAAUUAGUGACGAAAAUGAGGGAAAAUCCUUUUACAUUGAUCACAGAUGGGUCAAAUGAUACAGGUCGAGAUAAAAUGAAUCCACUCACUGUGCGGAUAUAUGACAGUGACACUAACAAAGUUGUCCAUAGGUUUCUAGAUAUGUGCACCACCAGUGGCCGUAGCUGUGGCACAGCUGAAGUAAUCUUUCAAAAGAUGAAUGAAGUCUUGCAGAAAAAUGCUAUUUCAUGGGGUAACUGUGCAAGUCUGUCCAUUGACAAUGCACCUGUCAACACAGGAGCAAAAAAUUCUAUUUCAUCAAGAGCACUCAAUGAAAAUGGAAACAUUUACAUUCAUGGGUGCCCCUGCCACAUCAUCCACAACACGGCCAAACAUGCUGGGCAGAGGUUUUUGGAUGUAACUGGAUUUGAUCCAGAGGACCUGUGUGUGGAUGUUGCAUACUGGUUUAGGGGAAGCACCAACCGUAAAGGAUAUCUGUCAGAAUUUUGUGACCUCCACGAAAGUGACUAUAUGGAAAUGCUACAGCAUGUUUCCGUUCGAUGGUUGAGCCUGGAGAGCUGUGUGAAUCGCAUUCUGCAGCGGUAUGAGCCACUCACUAGCUACUUCAAGUCCUUAGAUGAGAAACAACCAAGGUUCCGAAGGCUGGUGGAUGCAUUUUCCAACCCACUUACGGAAGUGUACCUCCUCUUUUAUCAAGCAACAUUACCAGCCUUCUCAACCUUGAACCUUCUCCUCCAAAGAGAGAGGUCAUCCAUAUUUCUUCUACAUGAAGAGAUGACAAAGUUUGUUCGCAAGUUGUGCGCAAGGUUUCUAAAGCCAGCAGCACUACAGUGUCGAGAACUGGAUGACAUCCACUACAAGGACCCAGCAAGCCAACUGCCAGGAGAAAAGCUGAAUGUUGGAUUCACAACUCGAGCUAGGCUUAAUCGGCUCCUUGAUGCAGGAGAUAUAACACCUCAACAGGUGCAUAGAUUCCAACAGGCAGCACAGGCUUUUCUGGUGAGAGCAGUGGAAUAUGCACUGGACAAACUACCCCUGAGAGAGGCCCUACUCAAGCAUUCGAAAUUUGUUGAUGUCCAGCAAAGGACUGAGUGCAGUGUUGAAGAUGCCUUGUACUUUGUCGACAGGUUUGCCGAACUGCUUCCUUAUCAGGGACCCCAAGAGCAUGAUCAGAUCACCGAAGAGUUCCUAGAGUAUCAAUUGAUGGACAUCCCCAUGUCCCAAGACCCAGCCAAUUUCGACAUUGAGAGUUUUUGGGGGAAUAUGUCAUCAAUGAAAAACAGGGUGACCGGUUUGAGCCGAUUUGGAAGGCUGUCAAAGAUUGCCAAACUGGUUUUAAUUCUUCCCCACUCCAAUGCAGAUGCCGAGAGAGUGUUCUCUGUUGUAGGUUUGAACAAAACCAAAACCAGAAACAGGUUGGCUCUGGACGGAACACUGUCAUCCAUUAUGACAGUGAAAAUGUCUGGCAUCGAGCCACAGUGCUUCAAGUGGGAGCCCCCUACCCCUGUUAUCAAGGCAUCAAAAUGUGCAACAAACACUUACAACACAAAACACAUUUCAUAAGCUGGAGUAUGUACUCUUGUGCACACACACACACACACACACACACCUUUAAUACUCUAAUCUGUCCAUUUGUUCUCAAUGUCCCACCACACAAGAAUAAAUCAUUCGUCUAGAUUCUGUGGGAUUCAAAAUGCAAAAAGAUUUGUUUGAAACUGUUUGGAGCAAUUUGUUAUAUUUUUG